AUGGAACUGAUUCGCCGCUAUCUUCCUGCGCCACUUCCUCAAACAUUUUCUCAUCCUGCUAGGCUUAACCUCGGCCACAUUUCAUGGGCUCAACUGGCUCUUGAGGUUCAAAAUCAAGUUCUCUAUUACCUCAACCCUCACGAUAUUGGGCCCGAUUUGGUGUGCGAAUGGCGGAGCCUUUCACAAGCAGCAUUGGUAGUGAAUAACACAGACACAGCUAAUUGCUUCAGUGGUGGACCUAAUUGUUCGUUUGCCGAUUGGAUUUCUAAUCAGCAGAUGUUUCCCGAUCACUUUCAUCUUCUUAUGUGCCUUGGUCCGUCAUCCACUCGGCGACAGAGGAUCUUCCACCAAUGCAGCGACGAAAUUCCCCAGCUGAUGGCUUUAUCGCAGUCGCUCUUCUGCGCCAUUUUGGCUGCCAUUCAUAAGCAUUCCCGGGACAGAAUGAGCAGCAACUCUUCAACGAUUUCCACUCUCCCAGAGAUAAUUUCUCCACUCCAGAUCGAAACGGCAACCAGUAACGUCAACGUUUUUGUGGAUACCAUUGAUUCCUAUUUUGAGGGCUUCGUUGCCGUCUGUCCUUCCAUUCAACACUUAAUACACGCCUUCUGUGCCUGCCUGAGGGAGUCUUCGCUCUCGGCACAGGCGGUGGCGCGUGCCUGGGUUGUGUGGGGCGCUCUACAGAUGCACUGUGCUUUCCCCUUCCCUCCUCUUGACCCAACCAUUGUGAAUGCCUUUAAACUUUCAAUUGCGCAAGCUGAGGUAAGCAGUAGUUUUCUCUUUCAUUCUAUUAAAUUUUGA